GCAAUGCAUUAAACUACCAGACAAUUUUUGCACUGUUGUUCAGGAUAAAAAUGAAUUGAUUCAGAGUAUUUUCCCGGAUAUACAGAAUAUUUAUUUGAAUCAUGAAUGGCUUAGUCAACGGGCGAUUUUGGCAGCCAAAAACGUUGAUGUUGACGAAAUUAACUUCCACAUACAACAGUUGUUACCAGGCGAUCUGAUGUCUUUUAAAUCAAUCGAUACUGUUGUUGAUGAAAAUGAAAGUGUAAAUUUUCCGAUUGAAUUUUUAAAUUCAUUAGAUAUCCCUGGAAUGCCACCACAUAAUCUUCGAUUAAAGAUUGGUUCCCCUAUUAUUCUCCUCCGUAAUUUGAAUCCACCUCAAUUAUGUAACGGUACGCGUUUGGUCAUCAAAAAGAUCACCGGAAACAUUCUUGAAGCAACCAUUUUGUCUGGGAAGUUUAAAGGAAAAGUGGUCCUGCUGCCACGUAUUCCGAUGAUACCAUCAGAUUCUACCAUACCCUUCAAAAGGCUACAGUUUCCAAUUCGUUUAGCUUUCGCCAUGUCUAUAAAUAAAUCUCAAGGUCAAACAAUGUCCAUUUGUGGUUUAGAUUUGGAAAAUCCAUGUUUUUCUCAUGGGCAACUAUAUGUUGCGUGUUCACGUGUUGGGAAACCAUCGAAUCUAUUUGUGUUAGCUAAAGACAGGUUAACCAAAAACAUUGUGCACCGAUUGGUGUUAAAUUAA